GAUCUUUGCAACCAUGAGUACCGUUUCUGGAGGUUCGAGUGGUUCAUCAAAUGUUCGACAAAGAGGAUUCGUCGUUGGCGUGCCUAAGAGAUGCUGGUGUGGGGAACACAUCGUGGCAAAGAAUUCCAAAUCCGAGCCUAAUCCUUCUCGGAGAUACUUUCGAUGUCGAGAAGCAGCAGCAAAGAAGCUUGUGAACGAUAACCACAUCUUUAAGUGGGUCGAUGAGGCAUUGUUGGACGAGGUAGCAACAUUGGGUGUUCAAUUUGAGAGAGUAAAAGAAGAGAUGAAAGAGCGUACAAUAGAGACAUUGCAAGAACAGAAGCUGAAAUUUGAGAAGAUGCAAAUGGAGUUCGAAAAAGAGCUUUGUGAGAGGGUUGAAGAAGUUUUGUUGGAAGCAAAAGCUGAAUUGCAAUGUAGGAUGAAUAAGAGUAUAAUUGUAUGUGUUUUCGGUUUUAUGAUCUUGUUUGCUCUGUUUAAGCUUGUAUGAUGAGCUAUUGUAAACUAUUGUUC